GUGAUGAAAACCUUGCGCCACAAAUAUGUGAUCAGUUUCUACCAGGCUAUUGAGACGACCUCGCGUCACUACAUCAUCAUGGAGCUGGCACCCUGUGGUGACGUCCUAGAGUGGAUCCAGAAGUCAGGUGCUUGCUCCGAGGCCCUGGCUGGAAAGUGGUUUUCUCAGCUGGCCCUGGGGAUCGCCUAUCUGCACGGCAAGGGCAUCGUACACCGAGACCUGAAGCUCGAGAACCUUCUGCUGGACAAGCGUGAAAACAUCAAGAUCUCUGACUUUGGCUUCUCCAAGAUGGUGUCCACCCAGACGCAGCCACCCCCUACGCCGUCGUACCGCAUGAUGAGCUGCUUCUCCCACCUGAGCCAGACGUACUGUGGCAGCUUUGCCUACGCUUGCCCAGAGAUCUUGCUGGGCCUCCCCUACAACCCGUUCCUCUCUGACAUCUGGAGCAUGGGGGUCAUCCUCUACACCUUGGUGGUGGCCCACUUGCCCUUUGACGACACCAACCUCAAGAAGCUGCUCCGGGAGACCCAGAAAGAGGUGAACUUCCCCAGCCACCUCCAGGUCAACGACGAAAUCAAGGACCUGGUCCACCGCAUCCUGCGCCCGGCUUCCAAGCGGCUGAACAUCUUGGAAGUGCUGAAGGUUUCCUGGGUCCUCAAGUUCCUGGCUGAGAAGCCGACCAACGAGAUCAAGGCCCUGGAGGCCAUCUGCGGGCCCCGGACGGCCGAGGGCAACAAAAACACGACCCCCAGCACCAAGUCCCGCUCCCUCACCUUCGCGCCGGACAAAAAGAAGGCCGCCAGCCGUACCCGCAGCACCGGACAGAUCAAAGGGAGCAAAAACCCAGAAAAGACCAGCUGAGGGGAGUGGGAGCCUUAGAAUCAGAGAGACUAUAAGCGGGGGGAAGGUGUGGCAAUGCAACAUUUUCAAGCUGGAUCUCUCGCCUGCAGUGGCUGGCUUGUGUUUCCUGUGGGGUGUGUCACAGUCAGGGGGGUUGGGAGUGGUGAAAGCACCUCAGCAAAAGUAGGCUGGGGGAUCCCCCAGAGAAAGAGCGGGCCAUUGGGAAACAGCAGGAGCAAGCGUUGGAACUGAACAUUUGUAUGCAACCUCUGGACACACAAUAUCCAAACAGCAAAAUUAUUAAAAUCAAAAGACAGCAGCUCUCUUAGGUUUACAGAAGUCAAUCUGAGGGGGUGCCGGCAGUCAGCAGCCAUCUCCACAGGCCUCAUCGCUCCCCUGAGCUUAUUGAUCCAAGAGGCUGCAAUUCUUGAUUG